GAUGCUCUGAUAAUUUGGCCAAUUUGCGCAUUAAUUUCUUUGGCUUGCUAUUCAUAUCUCUCAACAUCUAUACAGAAACAGGGGAGAUCGAGGAGCCCACGAAAGACACAGCGAUGAGCAUGGAAGAGAGUUUACUGCUACCGAAAAAGAGAUCAGAAUUAGAAGGAAGGGAAAGAUUAGUCCUAACACGGGAUGUGUUCACUCAAGAAGCGAAAAAGCUUGCUUAUAUAGCAGGACCCAUGGUGGUUACCAUUACUUCCCUUUACUUGUUACUGGUUAUAUCAAAUAUGAUGGUGGGUCAUUUGGGAGAGCUAGCUCUUUCAAGCGCUGCAAUAUCCAUCUCCUUCUGUAAUGUAACCGGCAUGAGUCUUCUUAACGGAUUGGCAAGUGCACUGGAAACUUUAUGUGGGCAAGCUUAUGGAGCUCAACAGUAUCAAAAAGUGGGACAUCAAACUUAUGGUGCUAUGUUCUCCCUAGUUUUAGUUGCUUCCCUUGUGUCUCUUGUUUGGAUUAACGUGGAAAAGGUGCUCAUAUUAAUUGGCCAAGAUCCCAUAAUUGCACAUGAAGCUGGAAGAUUUACAUUAUGGACUGUUCCUACCCUUUUUGCUUAUGCAAUAUUUCAGCCACUUUCUCGAUACCUUCAAAUUCAAAGUUUAACCAUUCCAAUGCUUGCGAGCUCUGUUGUCACUCUUCUUUUACAUAUACCCCUAUGCUGGUUCUUAGUAUUCAAGUCUGGACUAGAAAAUGUUGGAGGAGCAUUAGCUAUCAGCAUUUCAAAUUGGUUAAAUGUUAUUUUUCUUUUAUUGUACAUGAAAUAUUCUUCUGCCUGUGCAAAAACCCGUGUCCCAGUUUCAAUGGAGAUGUUCCAUGGAAUUGGAGAAUUCUUCCGUUUUGCUAUCCCAUCUGCCGUGAUGAUUUGCCUGCAAUGGUGGGCGUAUGAGAUUGUAGUCUUGCUAUCAGGGCUCUUAUCAAAUCCACAACUCGAGACUUCAGUCCUAUCUGUGUGUCUCACUACAACCUCAACACUCUACUCAAUACCGUAUGGAAUAGGUGCUGCAGUAAGCACUAGAGUCUCAAAUGAAUUAGGAGCUGGGCGCCCACAAGCUGCUCGCAUAGCCGUCUACACUGUUAUGAUUCUAGCAAUCAUUGAAGUAAUUAUAGUAAGCGGAACCCUCUUUGGCACCCGAGACAUUUUUGGUUACAGUUUUAGCAACGAGAAGGAAGUUGUGGACUAUGUUUCCAACAUGACCCCUCUGGUUUGUUUGUCUGUUAUAUUAGAUGGCUUACAAGUGGUUCUUUCAGGUGUUGCAAGGGGAUGUGGGUGGCAGCAUAUAGGGGCUUAUGUCAAUCUUGCUGCAUUUUAUCUUUGUGGGGUUCCAGUGGCUGCCAUACUGGGCCUUUGGUUGCAGUUGAAAGCAAGGGGCCUUUGGAUAGGCAUACAAGUUGGUGCCAUUUUGCAAACAGUUCUUCUCUCCCUCAUAACAAGCUGUACGAAUUGGGAAAAACAGGCAAGUGACGCAAGGGAAAGAAUAUUUGAGAAAAGAUAUUCAGUAGAAAGCGUAUUAGAGCAAUGAAUCGACGGGGGCGACAUACAAGUUAAUAUGGAAAGUUGCAGUCUUAAGAGGGACGAUAAUGAGCAAUGUUUUGGUGUCAUGGUGCUUGAGCUAAUGAAUCUUGGUGGCGGGAAACAGUUGCAUGAUCAAAAUGUGGAAGACAUGGCUAGCAUCAUGUAGUUAAGGAAGGAUGGUGUUUUUAUGAAUAUGUUUCCUUCUUCCCAGUAUUCUUUAGAAUUUUGUUGAGUUUGACAGUGCAAGAGAUUAUUAUAGGCUUGACCUAACAUUAGCAUCGUCUUUAGUAGAUUCCUAGGUUAGGAAUUACUGCCGUGACUUGUACUGUUUUGAGAAGGAAACUUUAUUUGCCUAUUUUGUUUA